AGAAGCUUCGGCUGGGAAAUGGCGGCCGCGGGCUUGGUCGCUGUGGCAGCCGCUGCCGAAUACUCUGGCCCAGCCGCUUCUGGAGGAAACCUCCCUGCUGUUAGCUGCGGUCCAAACUCUGGGGCGGCCUCUGGUCCCGGCCCGGGCUCAUGGAGCCGCUCCCUGGAUCGAGCGCUGGAGGAGGCGGCGGUCACCGGGGUGCUGAGCCUGAGUGGCCGGAAACUGAGGGAGUUUCCCCGCGGAGCGGCCAACCACGACCUGACGGACACCACCCGGGCCGACCUGUCAAGAAAUCGCCUCUCAGAGAUUCCUAUAGAAGCCUGUCACUUUGUUUCUCUUGAAAAUCUCAACUUGUACCAAAAUUGUAUUCGGUAUAUUCCAGAGGCAAUACUAAAUCUACAAGCUCUAACAUUUUUAAAUAUUAGUCGAAACCAGCUGUCAACAUUGCCAGUGCACUUGUGUAAUUUACCAUUGAAAGUCUUAAUUGCUAGUAAUAACAAAUUGGUCUCCCUUCCAGAAGAAAUUGGACAACUCAGAUAUUUGACAGAACUUGACGUAAGCUGCAAUGAAAUUCAAACUAUACCUUCCCAAAUUGGUAAUCUGGAGGCCUUGAGAGACCUUAAUGUAAGAAGAAAUCAUUUAGUACGUUUGCCUGAAGAACUGGCAGAGUUGCCUUUGAUACGGUUGGACUUCUCGUGCAAUAAAAUUACAACAAUCCCUGUGUGUUACCGGAACCUGCGGCAUCUGCAGAUGAUAACCCUAGACAACAAUCCACUGCAGUCGCCUCCUGCACAGAUAUGUAUAAAAGGCAAAAUCCACAUCUUUAAGUACCUGAAUAUACAAGCUUGUAAGAUUGCUCCUGAUCUACCUGAUUAUGAUAGGAGACCCUUGGGUUUUGGCUCCUGCCAUGAAGAAUUGUACUCAAGUCACUCAUACGGAGCUCUAGAUUCCGGGUUCAACAGUGUGGACAGUGGUGAUAAAAGAUGGUCAGGGAAUGAACCUACAGAUGAAUUUUCAGACCUGCCUCUUCGAGUAGCAGAGAUUACUAAAGAGCAGAGGCUAAGAAGAGAAAGCCAGUACCAGGAGAAUCAUAGCAGCUUGGUAGUAACAAAUGGUGGAGUGGAGCAUGAUCUGGAUCAGAUUGACUACAUUGACAGCUGUGCUGCAGAGGAAGAGGAGGGUGAGGUGAGACAGCCCAAGGGCCUGGACUCAGACAGCCUCAGUUCACAGUUCAUGGCAUAUAUCGAACAACGGCGUAUCUCUCAUGAGGGUUCACCAAUAAAACCAGUAGCAAUUAGGGAGCUUCAAAAAACAGAAGACGUAAGAAGAUACUCAUAUCAAAACAGGGUUCCAGUUGAUCCAUCUUCUCUGUUGGCAUUGUCACCAAGUCACAAUCAGCUGUCACAUGCAGACUUGGAACUUGAGCGGCGAAGAGAGCAGCUGGUAGAGCGUACUCGGAGGGAGGCACAGCGCGCAGCCCUGCAGUAUGAAGAGGAGAAAAUAAGAACCAAGCAGAUUCAGAGAGAUGCUGUCCUGGACUUUGUCAAGCAAAAGGCAUCACGAAGUCCACAGAAGCAGCAGCCAGCCUUAGAUGGGGAGUGUCCCUUCCCAUCCAGAAGGUCUCAACACACUGAUGAUAGUGCCUUGUUAGUGUCGCUGUCAGAUUUGAAUCAAGUGAGCUGCGCUGCUGGCGCCCUGUCCCAUUCUUCAGCCUUCACCCCUCUUAAGAUUGAUGGCAGAUCUAGUGCUAUUUCAAGUUCACCUACAACAGAAACAGUUCAUCAUUCCUCUGCAUAUCCUUUUCCUGCUGCUGGCCAGAGAAAUCCACCCCCACGCCCUGAAAGCUUCCUUUUCCGAGCACCUGGCAGGGCAGAAGCAAACCAAGGUCGUGCUUCACCCCUUCUUCCAUCCUCUGUACUUGCCACUGAUUCUGCAGAUCCCAUAACGAGACAGAGAGAGGAAGAGCUGAAGUUAAUUGAGCAACUUCGGAAACAUAUUGAGUACCGGUUGAAAGUAUCCCUGCCAUGUGAUCUUGGAGCAGCUCUGACCGAUGGUGUUGUCCUUUGUCAUUUGGCCAACCACGUGCGGCCUCGAUCUGUCCCCAGCAUUCACGUUCCGUCACCAGCUGUACCUAAAUUAACAAUGGCAAAAUGCAGGCGAAAUGUAGAGAAUUUCCUAGAAGCUUGCAGAAAAAUUGGUGUACCUCAGGAGCAAUUAUGUUUGCCUCUCCACAUUUUAGAAGAGAAAGGGCUGAGCCAGGUGGCAGUGACAGUCCAGGCUCUCCUGGAACUCGCCCCGCCCAAGCAUCAGCAGCACCCAUUAUCUGCUGUGUAAGGACUCCGGGACCUUGGCAUCGGCCUGGCCAAAACCAGGAACGGGACGUUGCGGUUGCUGCUGCCAGCUGCCUGCUUAAACAAAGCUAUUACGUGUUCUUAGGAGGGACUGUUUCCAUGAUUCCUAACAGGAAUAUUUGACUUCAUUUCUCCAUUUUAGGGGAGGUUAUAUCCAUUUGCAUUGAAUAGUUUUAGGAAGACCAUUUGGUUUUUCUCCCAUGAAACUUGUGUCAUGACCGAGAACCCAACGUGGAAGCCCAGAGUGGCCAUGCCUUGCUGGAGAACAAGAUGCCGCGCUUGCUGCGAGGCUCAGCCACUCUGCUGUCUACACAGGCCGGUGAGCUGGGUUCCACGGGUUUGUAAAGCUGGCUGUUCGUUCAACUCUCCUGGAGUUAACAGAUCCUCAAUCAGCAGGUCUGGGUAGGGCUUGGGCCUUGGCAUUCUCAGCUGACAUUCCAGCUGUUUCCUGCAAUGGGAACCACUAUUUGAAGUCAGAUGUUGCUGUGGUUUAAUGGAGGUGAGGGAAUAAUUUAUUUACUGUAGUCAAGAGCAACAUUCAAAAUGAGCAGCUAUGUAAUAAAAACUUGGGUUAUUCUGUCAAGGGCAAAACAAAAAUAAUAUAAAAGGCCUAUAUUUCCCGGAAGGAGAGGAAAAAACAACCCUAAGAGAGUUGUAUUUAGGCCAAUGUUCAGGCCUGGCCAUUCUGGUCCACCACUGAGUGUUCAUAUCUUGAGGACGGGGCCCAGUGUAGCCACCUAGUUAAACAACAGCAUCCUCCUCAGAUUGCGAGUUCUUAGAGUACCAUGGGCUCUGAGCCAGCUCUGCCCUGCUGUUCCUGGGGCCCAUGAACCUGCAACCACAUUCCAGGCACCACAGGGACAGGUCCAGUUCGUACCACCAAGGAAAGUUAUGAAAACAGAGUAAAAAGGAAGAAACCCAAAGUCAAGUUUCCUAUCCUUCUUUCAAGUAACUAAGAGCACUUACAAACGCCUUCCUGUCCUUGGGUCUAGCCCCUCCUCUGGUUCCACCACUGUACCCUCUGUUCUCAGCUGAAGGUGGGAGAGAAGGGGCCAAGGGCUGGCAGAGCACAUUCUUGAGCCUCUGUUCAAGCUUCCCCUUGUCCUUUAACACCGCUCCCCCACUUCAGUUGUCAGCCCACAAGUCACCUUGGUCCUUUUCUCUAGUUGUUAACUGUUUUGGAUUUUCUUUAUCAGUGCAUGUAUUUGAACAUGAUGUUAUCCAUCUAUUUAGCAUGUGAAUGUAGCACCGAAAAGUAGCUUUGGUUCCUGAGAGGAACCUGUUCAGUAGCACAUUACCACUUGCUGCAGACUUAGCAUCAUGUCACAUGGAGCAUCCGAGAGCAAAGCCCAGGCCUGCAAGCUGUGCACAGGACCCAGGUGGAGGGCCUCGGAGCCCUUAGAGCUGGGCCCGGUGUGUUUCCAGUUGCAGUCAGACCCUCUGACCACGGAACUCACCUAACCUAGCAUUGAAGCUUUAGUGGUUUUAAUGUAGGUGUUUUUCCUUCCAGUCAACAUUAAGCCUCAGUACAAUCUCCAAAUUAUAGGGCACCACUGGAAAUGAGGCUUGGCAGAGAAGACUGGGCUGUCUUUAACAUUGUGCAAGGAAUGGCUCCAGAAGAAAUUACAUAAUGCAACGUUUAUAACAGCUUUCCAUAUAAAUAAGUGGAAAUAUCAGCAUUUCCAGUUUUACACAUAACAAGAAACCUUAAUUAUUUUUAUUGAACUAAUUCAAAUUUGCAUUUGAACUGUUAGAAAAGCUUGUGUGGUUUUGGUCACGAAAGUAUCAACUGUACUGAGUUUCUGUGUCAUGAUACAAAAAUCAGUGUUUUUGUUAGAACAUUUCUAUAUUCAGUGUUUUGUGUGCACUUUUUUUGAUUGGAAAGAACAACUCAGUUUCACAUGUAGCCUUGGUAGACUCCACUGACAGGUGAAGCUGUCCUGGUCGCAGCCCCCGCUGAGCCUGCCAGCCGGGACAGGAGGAGGCUGAGAACCUACCAUGGGUAGCCCCGCUCCUCUCCAGGACCACCACAAACCCACGUUCCCUCCUAGCACCCACGUCUGGAACCAGCUCCUGGGAACAGAGGGCUUUUGUGUGUGGCUCCUAGACAGAGUACAGA